CUUACAGCAAACGCAGGCAGUAAGUGAAGGACGUCGUCUCAAAUGUCGCUGUUUUCCGCCUUAGUAGUCACUUUUACUACCUUGGAUUAGGAUUGGCUGCGUCCUUGAACACCUUACACCGGAUGUGUCGUAAGAUGUCUGACAUAUAAAGUCAGAAUUUCUUUUCCGUGCAUCUCAGAUUGACAACUGCUGUAGAGGCUGGGGCAAGCUGAGUGGGAAGCAGAGUUCCCAGUGGGAAAGAAGGGAAGACAGGCCAAGGGUGAAUCAAAGGUACGUAUACCUGUAAGUGAGCAGACGACAAAAUGGGAGUGGCCGAUAUAACACUGACAAUUCUUCUGCUCUCCUUACUGGCUUAUCCUGCCACCAGCACAGAGUGCGGUGGAUCUCUAACAGCACAACACGGCGUCAUCACGUCCCCCGACUACCCCGCCCCCUACCCGGCUGACACAGACUGUACCUGGAACAUCAGCGUGCCCCAGGGUCAGGUCGUGCUGCUGACCUUUGACCGGAUUGACCUCAACCCCUUCCCUGAUACACCAGAGAAGUGUUACCUGCACAUGAUCGAGGUUUAUAACGGCACGGAUGAGGCUGCAAACCUGAUGGGUAGAUUUUGCGGGCAGACCCCGCCCCCUGCGAUGAUGUCUGGAGGUGACGUCAUGAUCGUGAAGUUCCUGUUGAACAGGUGGCCAAGGAACGACGAGCUCUUCACAGGUUUCUCUGCUUCAUACAAGGCAGUCCGACCUGAGCUGAACUCAGGCUGUGGCAACCUGGCCCUCCUCACCAGCCAGACUGGCACACUAGCAUCAGCCAACUUCCCCAGCAGCUACAGCAGUGGUGCCGCCUGCAAGUGGGAGAUAGCUGGCACCAACGUCACCCUCUCCUUCCACAGUUUCCAGGUAGGAGGCCCCUUCAGCCAGUGUUCAGGGAACACCAAUGACUACCUGGCAGUGUACGAAGAAUUCAGCAACAGAAAAUCACUCAUAGGUACAUACUGUGGAUGGAACAAGCCUGAUGACAUCCACACAGACGGACCCAUGAUUGUUGAGUUUAUGUCAGACGAGGCUGUGAAUGAUAUGGGUUUCUUUGCCACUUAUACAGCGACCGUUCCUGACCCUACCGAGCGCCCCACAAUGAUUGGUGAAGAAGGUCGACCCUGGGGUAACGAGACCUCAGCCGGAGUUCACGUCACCCUCGGAGAGCUUACGCUGAUUAGUUGCCUUGCACUAGCUAUCAAGCUAUAGUUACAUCAAACACAGGAGCUAUAGAUGUAUAAUACACAGAAGCUUUAUCAAUCAUAUAUCAUGUAACAAUAGAUGUGCAGCCAGUGUUAUGUGGCAACUGGCAAAUCAUUUUUCCAGUAGAAGUGUGAAGGCUUUAUAAUAUCUUUGUUGUUUGCAUCCUAUAAAAUUUAGUAUUGCAACUGUAAUCCAUUUAUUUUUUACAAAUAAUAUAUUGGCUGAUUCUGUAGAAAAUGUUGAUGUUACGUGUAACUCAAAUUAUUUCUGACUAAAAGUGGACCAAUUGCAUUUGACACUGUGUUUUCAGUAAAUGAGCCAAAUCCAUUUUUUUUUUAUGUUCAGAUACUUUUCCAUAAGAAUCCCAAACAACAGAUUCUCAUUUUUAAAAAUCUAUUAAGUCAUUUAAAGACCUUGAAUUUGACAAAAGUUGCCAAAAGUAAUCAUUUCAUGUGUAUUGUCCUGUCUGAUUUUGUUGCAUAGAUGAAUACAGAUCUAGAAAUUGUGCCGUCCGGUUGCAGUGAAUAGUCACUAGUCUUUGUUGGAGUGAACUGAAUAAAGAAAUUUUCUAGAAAAUUG